UUCCACGCACAGACGUACAGGUUAUUCCGCAAUCCAGAGUCCGAUUCAGUUUGUCGGGCUUGCAGCUUCUCGAUUUUUCUCCCAUUUGCCGAGUCCAUAGACACUCCCCUUCCGUUGCGAUUAUUUCUUGCAGCGAAUCCACUCCACAGCUCAUUCAUUUCACGAAGGAGCGACUCGCAGUAUCGGUUGGUAAAAGCACUGUAGAUUUCCACCAUGGCUGAGCUUAUCAAAGUAAUCAGUCCCAAUGUGAAAUACAUGGAAAAUUACAUCGAGUCCCAAUACGACUAUCAUACCUCAGUGGUGUCUGGCGACAAUGGAACUUAUACGGUGACUCCUUGUACAACUAGUUUUACAUUCCGCACUGCACGUGCUGUUCCCCGCCUUGGGGUCAUGCUUGUGGGCUGGGGGGGCAACAACGGCACCACUGUCACAGCUGCGGUCAUUGCCAACAAACUGGGCCUGACGUGGAAAACAAAAACCGGCACCAAGAAAGCCAAUUAUUUUGGCUCCUUGUUCCAAGCAUCCACAGUCUGCCUGGGAUCAGGACCUGAGGGAGAUGUUUACAUCCCUUUCCAUGACCUGCUUCCCAUGGUGCACCCUAAUGACAUUGUUUUUGACGGUUGGGACAUAUCGUCCAUGGACUUAGGCCAGGCAAUGGAUAGGGCUCAGGUGCUGGACUGGGCCCUCCAGGAGAAACUCCGUCCAUACAUGUCAAAAAUGAGGCCUCGUCGCUCCAUUUAUAUACCAGAGUUCAUUGCUGCCAACCAGAAACAGAGAGCUGACAACGUCAUCGAAGGAACGAUGAGUGAGCAGGUGGAGCAGAUCCGCAGGGAUAUCCGGGACUUCCGGGAGAAGAGCGGCGCGGACAAAGUCAUUGUGCUGUGGACUGCCAACACCGAGCGUUUCUGUGACCUCGUUCCUGGGGAAAAUGACACUGCUGACAACCUGCUGGCUACUAUCCAGAGAGGAGGAGAGAUCUCCCCCUCCACCCUCUUCGCUGUUGCCAGCAUCCUGGAAGGCUGUGCCUACAUCAAUGGCUCCCCUCAGAACACCCUCGUACCCGGGGCUGUGGAGCUGGCGAUCCGGCACGGGGUCUUCAUCGGAGGAGAUGACUUUAAGUCUGGGCAGACCAAGAUCAAGUCGGUGCUGGUGGACUUCCUUGUUAGCGCUGGUUUAAAGCCGACCGCCAUCGUCAGCUACAACCACCUGGGAAACAACGACGGCAUGAACCUGUCCGCGCCGCAGCAGUUCCGCUCCAAAGAGAUCUCCAAGAGCAACGUGGUGGACGAUAUGGUUCAGGCUAACCCCCUCCUCUAUGCCCCUGGGGAGAAGCCAGAUCACUGCGUGGUCAUCAAGUACGUGCCGUAUGUGGGCGACAGCAAGCGAGCCAUGGAUGAGUACACCUCCGAGAUCAUGAUGGGAGGCACCAACACCAUCGCCAUACACAACACCUGCGAGGACUCUCUGCUGGCCAGCCCCAUUAUCCUGGACCUGGUCAUCCUGACAGAAUUGUGCCAGAGGAUCACAUUCCGCCCAGAAGGAGACUCCGAGUUCCAGACCUUCCACAGUGUCCUCUCGCUGCUGAGCUACCUUUGCAAGGCUCCGCUUGUUCCUGCGGGCGCCCCCAUCGUCAACGCCCUGUUCCGCCAGAGGGCUUGCAUCGAAAACAUCAUGAGGGCCUGCCUCGGUCUUGCCCCUCAGAACCACAUGCAGCUGGAGCACAAGAUGCAAAGGAGCCUUUUCCCCUGCACUAAACGCAUCGCUGCAGCAACGCCCAAGCAUUCAGCUGGCAUCAGCAAUGGGUACCACCCUACAGUCAUCAAUGGGGAACAAUACACUAAUGGAGAUCACUGUUAGAGCUCUGAAACUUCAAUAACAUCUCUGAAAAACUGCAUGGAAACACCAGUGUGCUCUUUUUUUAACUACCAUUUUUUUAAGAUGUUUUUAAUACUCAUUAGAUAAUUAACCAUGGUUCUGUUCAGGUAUUAAGUAGCACAAGAUAAAAAUAUUGUCCCUUUUAGAAGGCGCUUUCACAGAUCUCGUAAUAAAAAAUGCAUUUCAGUACAGUGUUGGGGUUUUGGUGAAAACACUCACCCAAGUGCUGGGUAAUUCUUUCCAUUACUGUAAAUAUCAUCCUAUGGCAUGAAGUAGGAAUGGGGAAACUUAAUAAGCUUAGUUAUUAAAUCCUUUUUGUACUCAAUUAGCAGUGUUAGCACAACAGUGGAAUUAAUCAAUGAUCUUUCUUACAUCAGAGUGUUGUGAGUUCUCUCCAGAGGUGAAUGGUCUUCUUGUUCCUUGGGCCGGACUUGUGCUAUUUUACUACAUGCUUUUCUUGUAGUUUCAGAAUUGAAAGUGCUUUGUUAUGCUUUGGAGACAACUUUCUUUUCUUGGGAAUGAACUUUGACUUAGCUGUGUUAACUCCACUGUUGGCUGAGGGAGGGAAAAAAAAUAAACCUUAUCUGAA